AUGGGAAGGGAUGAGUGGCGGACAGCACAGGAACAGUACAAAUGGCUGCUCUUGAGCUGCGAAACGGUUCCCGUGUUUGCCAACAAUGGUCUCAAGACAUCGUUGGAGUCAAACAGCGAUCAGUCCUUUCAGGCCCUCCUGUCCUCUAACCUAACCCUCAGUCGUACGGAAUAUUUUGCGCUUAAACUCUAUUACGAUGUCGGAUACUAUGGAAUUCAUUCAUACGGUGGGGAUCGGGAUAUAUACGGCGUUAGGCAUAUCGACGAUGUGGUGGUCUUUGACGAGGACCUACCAGCCCUCGAGGACUGUCGUGAAGUACUAGACUUCGCAAACAAUUGGCUACAGAAGCGAGAGAUAUGGGAUGUCAUAUCGUGCGAGACUGUAGGCGCCAUAAUUAUGAUCAAGUUCACUGAUGGUGGUCGAGUAAUAGCCAAAAAACUACUGACCAUUUACUCUAUCAACGAUGAGAGCCUAUUAAGUCAAUCGGGGGCGCCGUAUAAUACAUAUCUGUUGGCGGGAACGACAUGUUUUCGGGUGAAACUGUUGAGGCUAUGGGUGCGACCGUUUGAUAGCCAUGAAUACAAUGAGAAGGUUCGACCCAUUGUUCCGCAGAUACAGUUCCGCGACUUUGGACCUCGGGUUCUGGACUCAUGUAGUAAUAGGUUUGAAAGCAUCGAUGAGGUGGUGGCGCGACUUAACGGUGCCAUUAAUGCCGAAGAGAUUACGGGAAAAGUGUUGAACAUCCAGACAUUAGCGUGUAGUGCCACUCAGGACUGGCAGAUGGACUCUGGGUCAUCUGUGUCUAACUCAUGGGUAGGAAAUGUCGUAUACGUAUUGAGAGUUUUCUAUGUGUUGGGGCCCAUACAUGAGGAGGAGGUAGGGUUGGCUGACUUUGUGCCCCAGUAUCUGGAAGAAGGUUUGUUUAGGAAACCUAAGUUCGAGUCCCAGUCCUGUGGAUUACGGAAAGCCUCGAAAUGGUUGUCCGAAAACCCGGAAAUAAACUUUUGUAGUGCGAUGUCAUUGGAUGUGAAACUCAAGUCAAUGGUAUCGAUUGACACGAAACAGAUGUCUGUCACCCGAGAGACCGGAGAUUUCAAUCGAAUCCUUCGCAUAGCGUAUACCAAACCCCGGGAGGUGUCGGGAGACAUACCCAUCAGCUCUACACUACCACCCCCUCCGCCCGUAUACCUCGAGCAACGGGUGUUUCUCCUACAUAAAGAUUAUUCAAUGAUAAAACAUGUGAUCAAUGACUUCAUGGGAAGGGAUGAGUGGCGGACAGCACAGGAACAGUACAAAUGGCUGCUCUUGAGCUGCGAAACGGUUCCCGUGUUUGCCAACAAUGGUCUCAAGACAUCUCUAGAAGCUAUCAGUGAUCAGUCCUUUCAGACCCUACUGUCCUCUAACCACACACUCUGUAGUUCAGAGUAUUUUGCAUUUAAACUCUAUUACGAUGUCGGAUACUAUGGCAUCGAUCACCUUGGUAAUAUUAAAUUA